AUGCCCCCAAAGAACAACAACAACGACGCUGCAUGGUCAACGGGCAAGACCUCCCAACACCGUUUUCGGCUUCUAGUGAACCCUGUCAACGCCGACCGUGAUGCUACUCCUCCGCCGGAAACGUUGUCCUCGAUAAACUCUGGGAUUCCCUAUGUGCCUAAUCCGUUCCAAAAGUCGAAAAUUCGAGAGAAAUUCAACAUGAUGCGCGAUAGAUACGACCGUGUGACGGUGAAACAGCAAGCAUACCUGCGAGAAUUGGACUUGGCGAUUGAGAAAUUAAACAAACUCCAAGCUGAAAACGACUUACUCCUCGAUGCAUUGGGUGUCGCAGCGGCUCAGGACCCUGCCUCUUUUGGGCUUUUGCCCUCCGAAGUUCCCCAACAGAAGUUCUUACCAUCCGAUCUUGAGGCCAACGUUUGGACCAAUCCAGAUGAUGCGACUUCUGGCAACUCUUCUGUCGUGUAA